AUGGCGCAGCCUACGGACCUCUUCGGGGCCGACGGCACGCCUCUCCACGAGGACAACGUUUAUCAGGACAUCCUCAGCAAGCACAUGGACCAGAUCUGCGACUUCGAGGACCGCUACCGCCAAAUGGGCACGCAGUGGAACCUCACCGACGUCCGUGUCCGCGACGGGGCCCCGGAGCUGGACCCCGCCACGAACCUCGGAGCGCGGUAUGCGCGCGACUUCUUCGACGUCCGCGACGAGCACGCCCCCGUCCGCGAUGUCGGCCACGAGAUCGAGGCGCUGAUCGCCGACGCGCGCAGCCGCAUCCGCCGCGGCCACUACAGGUUUGUCAAGAUGCUCCUCGAUGAGAUUGACUGGUGCAUGGCGGAUCUGAAGCGCAGGCUGGACCUGGCUGACGAUGCGACCCAAGAGGCUGACCGUUUGCACAUGGAGCGCGUUGCGACGGUCGCCAUCCGCGGUGCCCAGGGCAUCCAGUUCAGCGCGAGGGAGGCCGGGCUGAGGCGCUGGGAUAGGACGCUGCCUGCGGUUCCAGUGACUGGGACUUUCAUGGCGCCUCUGUCCAAUUUCGGAGUUGCGUCCCUUUUCCUCCCUGCCGAGGCAGCCGAGGAGAUGAGCUUCGCUGAGCACAUCUUCAUCAGCAGGUACUUUGGCGACCCAGAGGCUCCCGGUUUGCCUCGCGGCUAUGAAGCUAACCCUUCUCUAUUCGAGCAGAGGAAUGAUGUCAUCUGGGCCUCUAACCCUGACUUGCGGGACUUGCCGUAG